UAUUUUAUGACAUCACAUACGGUUUUCUAGAGACUGCAUAUAUGUAGUUUGAACAUACCAGUUAUUCAUUUGUUUCUUUUGACGCUUGACUAACGUUACUAGAUAGCUAUACAUGUAGCUAGCCGGCUAUUUAGAUAGCAUUCAUGAUAACGGUAGCUAACUAGCAUCCAUGGCAACCCAAAUUAAGCCGAAGGCAGUAGCUAGCUAGCAAGCUUCAUCUUUCUCUUUCAGGCAGUUCCCUGUGCACCGCAUAUUGUCAUUCUCUGCCAAUGGGCUGACAACUGGUUGCUGAGAUGUUGCUGAAAGACAUUCCCCAGGAGGUGUUGAUGCGCCCUCUUUCCCGAAAUGAAGUAGUGGGAAUGAUAGUGAGACUGACCAUCUUUGGAGCUGCCACCUACUACGGCAUCAAAUGGGUGGUGGAGGCAAUGGACCCUACACAUAAACAGAAGAUCCAGGCCAAGAAAAGGGCAGAGCAGCUGAUGAAGCAGAUUGGAGUGGAGGGUGUCAAACUCACUGAAUAUGAGAUGAACAUUGCUUCUCACCUGGUAGAUCCACGCAGCAUGAGGGUGUCCUGGAGGGAUAUUGCAGGGCUUGAUGAGGUCAUUUAUGAGCUGCAGGACACUGUCAUCCUUCCCUUCCAGAAGAGACACCUGCUGGCUGGAUCCAAACUCUUUCAGCCUCCCAAAGGGGUGUUGUUGUAUGGGCCUCCCGGGUGUGGGAAGACUCUUAUUGCCAAGGCAACCGCCAAAGCCUCAGGAUGCCAGUUCAUCAACCUGCAGCCCUCCACUCUGACGGACAAGUGGUACGGCGAAUCACAGAAGCUCACCGCUGCUGUCUUCUCAUUGGCUGUCAAGAUCCAGCCAUGUAUCAUUUUCAUAGAUGAAAUUGACUCCUUCCUGAGGAAUCGCUCCAGUCUGGACCAUGAGGCCACAGCCAUGAUGAAGGCCCAGUUUAUGAGCUUGUGGGACGGGCUGGAGACUGGGGCAAGCAGCCAGGUGAUGGUGAUGGGGGCCACGAAUAGACCACAGGAUCUGGACCCAGCCAUACUGCGCAGAAUGCCCACCACCUUUCACGUGGGCCUACCAACUACAAGACAGAGGACAGAGAUACUGAAGUUGAUCCUGGCAGGAGAAAAUCUAAGCAAUGCCAUUAAUCUGAAGGAGAUAGCAGAGAAGUCGGAGGGUUCAUCAGGCAGUGACCUCAGGGAGCUGUGUCGUGAUGCUGCCAUGUACCGUGUUAGAGACUACGUCCGCAAGCAGCAGAUGAAACAGAUAGCCCAGCAGAUGCAGGAGGAGGACGAGGAAGACAAAGCAGGGGUGGAGGAGCGUCUGCGGCCCAUCACCCAGCUGGACCUGCUGUUCGGCCUGGACAAGAUGAAGGAGUCAAAAAAGGCCACCAUGCCCCAGGAACUCAUACCCCGAGAGGUGCCUCUGGACUAAACCUUUCUUUCAGACACCCUUUACAAAUGCAUUGUUACUGACCAGUGGUCUACCCAAGUGUUUAUCCCCCCCAUACACACACACACACACACAUAUCCCAGUCCUAGCACAGUGUUCCAAAGCAGUCCGAGAGAGAUGUCUCUGGACCACAAUCUCUCUGUACCCCUUCUCUUAUCCCACACCAAUACCCUUCAGUAUCCAGUUAAUUCCUACUGUCUGUUCACUGUUACAGAUUGAAUUGACCAACUAAUUCCAACCUCCCACACAGUGUCCCAGAACAUUCCCAUUGCCCUGAGUCAUCAUAAAAUACUAGAGCCUUAGAAACGGCCUUUGUACAUUAAGCUGGGGAGCAGGGCUGUCUACUGUAACGCUGUCGAACAGAUGGCACAGGGUGAGAGGGACCGGACUGAGUCUGUCUCUUAGAACUCUGUCAUCAAUGUUAUUAUUAUUUCUUUGUGUCACACAAAUCGUAUGAGAAAAUGUGAAUCAAUAUUGGUUUUUAAUCAUGCUUUAAAAAAAUACUGAAUAAGGAAUAUUACUGUAUUUGCACUGUCAAUGUUCUUUUGGGCAAGCACUAAACUGUCCCAAGUGUCUAGUUGUCUGCAUGUCUAAGUAAUAGAAUGAGAAACAUUAGGUACACAAUAGUACACAUGUUACAGUUAACAAAGACCAAGAGUCCCUGGGAGUUGAAUCAGUUGGUAAAUCUGAUAUUCUGAAUCUACUUUUUAUUGAAUGUUCACUGUAUUUAAUACUGUACUUUCCAAAUAUUGGAUCGAAACUACUGACUACAUUAUUAAUCUUUACUGACGAA